CCCUGAGCCCAGUUUGUUUAUUGUAGUGGGGACUCCACCCCGGCGCGAGCUUCCGUCGCAACGGCCAGGAAAGGAACCAGUAGCUGGUCGGAGGGCGGGGGUGGCAAGAAAGUGAGGGUUUAGAAGUAGACCGGAGCCACCUAACCCUGGCGUACCCGAAUGGGGGCGGGAUAGGAGGGCAGGCCGUGAGACGGGAGUUGUAGUCCCGGGAGCAGUGAUGGGGGAGCGGGAAAGGCCUGGUUUCUGUUGUGGGAGAAAAGGGCCUUGCGGGAGUUUUUCAUGACCUAAUUGUCUGGGGAUCUAAUUUUCUAGAUGGGCAGCUUUCAAAAAACACAAACAAUUGAAGGAUGGAUUGUGCAAAAAUUAAAAGCAUGUUGAAAGGAAAAUAAGAAAGCCAGGAAUCUCAGUAUGAAUCAGUCUCCAUCUAGAUCAGAUGAUGGUGAAGAAACCUCAUCUCAAGACCCUAAUCUUCGUGAAAAUGAGAGAAGAUGGCAGCAAGAGCGUCUCCACAGAGAAGAAGCCUAUUAUCAUUUUAUUAAUGAACUCAGUGAUGAAGAUUAUCGGCUAAUGAGAGACCAUAAUCUUUUAGGCACCCCAGGAGAAAUAACAUCACAAGAACUACAACAGCGGUUAGAUGGAGUCAAGGAACAACUGGCAUCUCAGCCUGACUUGAGUAAUGGGACAAAUACCAGAGACUCAGAAGUCCCCAGAGAAAGUUCAAAUGAAGAUUCUCUGCUAGAGUGGUUGAACACCUUUCGUCGCACAGGAAAUGCAACUCGAAGUGGACAAAAUGGAAACCAAACUUGGAGGGCUGUGAGUCGAACAAACCCAAACAGUGGAGAGUUUCGGUUUAGUCUGGAAAUCCACAUAAAUCAUGAGAAUAGAGGAUUUGAAAUUCAUGGCGAAGAUUAUACGAGCAUUCCACUUUCAGAUAUUAGCAGGGAUCACACUACAAAUAGGCAACAAAGAUCAGCUAGUCCUGUGGCUAGGCGAACAAGAAGCCAAACCUCAGUGAAUUUCAAUGGUAGUAGUUCCAACAUUCCAAGGACUAGGCUUGGUUCAAGGCGGCAGAAUUCAGUAGAAGGAUCUUUCUCAACACUGGGAAGAUUAAGAAAUGGAAUUGGGGGAGCAGUUGGCAUUCCUGGAACUAGUGCUCAACGUGCUAAUUUAAGUAGUCACACAAACCAGUCAGGUGGUAGUGAACUCAGGCAAAGGGAGGGGCAACGAUUUGGAGCAGCACAUGUUCGGGAAAAUGGGGCUAGAACUAAUGUUACAGUGAGGAAUACAAACCAAAGAUUAGAGCCAAUAAGAUUACGGUCUACUUUCAAUAGUCGAAGCCGUUCACCAAUUCAGAGACAAAGUGGCACUGUUUAUCAUAAUUCACAAAGGGAAAGUAGACCUUUACAGCAAACUGUUAGAAGGUCUGUUAGGAGGAGAGGUAUAACUCGUGUCUUUUUAGAGCAAAAUAGAGAGCACAGAGGUACGGCAUAUACUCCAUUCUCUAACUCAAGACUUGUGUCCAGAAUAACAGUAGAAGAAGGAGAAGAAUCUAGCAGAUCUUCAACUGCUGUACAACGACAGCCGACAAUCACGCUGGACCUUCAAGUGAGAAGGAUUCGUCCUGGAGAAAACAGAGAUCGGGAUAGUAUUGCAAAUAGAACUCGAUCUAGAGUAGGGCUAGCAGAAAAUACAGUCACUAUUGAAAGCAAUAGUGGGGGAUUUCGCCGAACUAUUUCUCAUUUAGAGCGGUCAGGUAUUCGAACCUACGUUAGUACCAUAACAGUUCCUCUUCGUAGGAUUUCUGAGAAUGAGCUUGUUGAACCAUCAUCAGUGGCUCUUCGGUCAAUUUUAAGGCAGAUCAUGACUGGAUUUGGAGAAUUGAGUUCUCUAAUGGAGGCUGAAUCCGAGUCAGAGAAUCAGAGAAAUGGUCUGUAUUUACCAGAGAUGCACUCAGAACUGAGUAAUGUAGGUACAGUUAAUGACAUCAGCCAGCACAAUGAAGGCUCCUCUCAAGACAGGCAGCCCCAAGAAGACAGCACUGAAAUGCAUGCUGAAAAUGAGACCACCCAGCCUCAUACCCAAAAUAACAAUAAUAGAGGUGGCAGGCAGUCGCGAAAUUCAAAUAACUUAGUUGAAACUGGAACACUACCUAUUCUUCGCCUUGCUCACUUCUUUUUACUAAAUGAAGGUGAUGACGAUGAUCGAAUACGUGGUUUAACCAAAGAACAGAUUGACAAUCUUUCCACCCGGAACUAUGAGCAUAACAGUAUCGACAGUGAACUAGGUAAAAUCUGUAGUGUUUGUAUCAGUGACUAUGUAACUGGAAACAAGCUCAGGCAAUUACCUUGCAUGCAUGAAUUUCACAUCCAUUGUAUUGACCGAUGGCUCUCAGAGAAUUGCACUUGUCCCGUCUGUCGGCAGCCUGUUUUAGGGUCCAGCAUAGCAAACAAUGGUUGAAGUGAUGGAUCCAUUCAAAUAUCACAUUUUAGUAGAGCUGAGUAUUUAAGCAUUCUUUUGUUGAGUUAUUUGUGAUGAACUAACCAGGAUGAAAAGUAACAGAUUACUAUAGUUUGAACUAUUUUUUGUGUGCUUUUUUAACUUGUUAAAAAGAAAAUUUAUAUGAAAUUUAAAAUGCAAAUGUUAAAUUAUCCAAAAAUACAGAAUAGUUAAUAUUGCUAGAACCAAAUAACCUUUAAAAUGUUUUUAUUUUGGUAAUUUUGUCAUGCUAAGCACUUUUGUAUCUGCACAAUUCAGUAGGUUAAAAAUCAAUCUUUUUCUUAAUAGUACAAUAGACUUAGACUUUCAAGUUCCAUAGGCUUAGUACUAUGUCCAGACACUGGUGUCUAAAUAAGUCUUUCAUUAACUUUUUAUUCUAAGGACAAUAUCUUUUCAUGAAAGAGUGUUGGCUGAAUGUUUGCUAAAUGUAUUUAAGUUACUUAAAAUGUUAAAUUUAAUAUGCAGCAUACCAUAUAUGUAUAUAUAGAUAUAUAAUUUUAAGGUUAAAAUAUUCAGUCUAAAAACUACCAGUUUGGUUCUUAUUUAAGCUUUUGGGCUAUUACUGCAUAUGGCACAAUGUUUAAUAUUUACAGGAUCAUCUCUGGGAGGAAGUGGAUUAAGAGAUUUAAAAAUAGAGAUAAUUUACUGAAGUGUCUCUGACAAUCUGACUUACUAGAGAGCAAGCAAUAUAUAAUACUAAACAAACAUUUCUUCAUUCAGGAAUGGAACAUGAACAUUUUAGAACAUAUAGUUUAUUUAACUUGAGUUCAGCCUUUUUGUGACUUUUUGAAAGUGCAAACAAUUCUUUGAAUUAUAUUAUGUAAGGUCUACAAUAUGCAUGGUUUCUCAAAUUUAGUUCUAAAAUCUAAAAAAGUCUAUAAAGAAUAAAAGGCAUAGAUAAUAUGUUAAGUUCACUUGGAGGCCAAAAAACUCCAAAUAAAACAAAACAAAAAACCCUUAAGAGAAUGUAGAAUUUAUAUAAACACAAAGUAUGCAUUGAAGAUCUAUUUCUACCAAUAAAUAUUAAAACAAAUCUGUCUGUGAACUAUUCUUUUCUAUUGGUCCACUGUGGUUUAUUCACUCAAAAAAAUAUAGUUCGCACCUACUACGUACCAGGCAGUGUUACUGGUGUCAAGGAUUCAGCAGAGGACAAAGUCCCUAUCUUCAUGGGAAAGACAUAUUUGCUUUUAGAAAUUGAAAUCAAUUGAUAAAAUAAAUUACUUUUCUGACUUUCAUGUUUGUGUAUGAAUAUAUGACACAGUUUUCCUCUGGGGAUACUGUUUGGGCAAAAUCAUAGGAAUAAAUACCUCAAGGCCAGAUUCUGUGAGAUUUAGAUGUAUCUCAAGAUUUAGUUUUUCUUUCUGAUUAGUGAUUGUAUUCAAUUCAAUAGAUAAGAUGCAUGCACAGGAAUUGUUAGGGAGUGCAUUUAACACCUGAAGUAAAAGGUUGUAGUAAAGGUUGUGACUUUGGAAUAAAUGAUUUAUGUAGGUCAGUUAUGGCACAUAGGACUGGGAAGUUUGAUUUGACGGCUUUAAAUACCAGACUAAGAAAUUUUUACUUUACCUUACAGACUUGAGAUGUCUCUUAAUGAAUUUUAGUGGUGAAUGGUAAGAUCAUUUUUCAUGUUUCAGGAAAAUUAGUGUGGUGCAGUGUUCAGAACACAAUGGAAUGGAGAGAGAUGGGAAGCAAAAAUAAACUACUGUGAUCAUUUUUACUAUCAAUUAUCAUCAUCAGUUAUUAUCUAACCUAGGGUGAUGGCAGUGAAACUGGAAAGAAAGAGAAGGGUAU